UCGUGGGUCUUCCGUCGUGGGAGGUCCUCCCGUCCCGUUCUCCUGCUGCUCUCCCUUCGCUCACGCCACAGCUCGCCAACCGCCGCCGCCGCCGCCCGCCUUCCGCAGCCGCCGCCGCCACUCCCCAUCCGUCGCCGUCCCCUGCCAGUCGCCAUUCGCUUCCGCCUUCGCCACUCGCCAACCGCAUCCGCCGCCGCCCGCCUUCCGCAACCGCCGCUGCCACUCCCCAUCUGUAGCCUCCGCCGCCAAUCGCCACUCGCCAUCCGCAUCCGCCGCCGCCGCUCGCCCGCAGCUUCCGCACCGCUCCUCUCCUCCUCCGCAUCGACGCUGCGCCGCCCCUCGCGUCGAUCCCGUGCCGCCCCUCUCCUCCGCAUCGACGCCUCGCGCCCCUCGCGUCGACCCCUCGCCGCCCCUCUCCUCCUCCGCAUCGACGCCACGCCGCCCCUCACGUCGACCCCGCGGCGCCCCUCUCCUCCUCCGCAUUGACCCCGCGCCGGACGCCGCAAUAGCCCGCCGGAGCUAGGUUCGAUCCCCUCGACCGCCCGAUGCCGCCGGUGAGCUCACGCCUAGCUGGUGGUGGUAUUAGGUGAAUUUCUUGCGCUACUUUUUGCAUUCAUAAUCAGGUGAAUUUCUUGCUCUUUGUCUACAUGUAGAUGUUGAUUGACCACUUGAAUUAAUUCUUAGGAUCAAACACUAUGACUAUGUCACCAUUAAAACAUCAGUCUACAUUAUUUUGUUGAACAAAGGGAGCUUAUUGCAACUGUUAGAGGUCCUACAGUAGCUGUCAAGGGCAUGGCUUCCAGUUCUAUCCUUGAAGAAAGUCUGACCUCACGAGCCAUCUUUUGAGUGAGAUGGAUUUACAGUACCAACUAUACCUAUAUGCAUUAUCCUGGAUAACCAUUGCUUACUAAUUGUUUUGGUUUUGGAGAUCUUUAGCAUGUUCUUCAAAAUUGUUUAUCAACAAAUUUUUGAGUUUUCGAUAAACAGUAUUCAUGACGCCAUGAUGGUGAGCAAUUUUUCAGUUCCAAUAGAUUGGAUUUGGACGAAUUGUACACUUCUGUGUUUGAGAAUUUUGAUUAAAUUGUUUGUCACUAUGUUUAAGCCUUACCAAUAAGUUAUUUGUUUUCAUGGAUCUAGAAAUCAUUUGAUACUAUGUCAUUUACAUUAAUUUACUAGUCAAAUUAUUCUAAGCUCAAGCAAGUUUCUUCUGGUGUUGUAGGAAGGAUAUUGAUCAUUUGAUUGAAUCAACUGUUCACCUUUUUUUUCAUAGUUUUCAUGCCUGUCCACGUCCCUGUCUUUCCCUUUUCUGCUCAUGUUUUUAUCUAGUUCAUCACACUCCGCAUAAACUGUGGCGACGGGUGUGGGAUGGAGAGGUGGAGUGAAGGUUCCCUGCCUAAAGAAAAACAUAGAAUGGCAGCUCUGCCAUCAUCCCUCCGAGCUGUGGUUUCCUUCAUUUUCAUACCUACUCAUGGAGUCUUCAGAUACGGUUCCCUUACAGUCAGAAGGUGUUCAGCAAGGUUCUCCACGGAUCUGCUCAACUAGAAGGACAGAUACUUGUCAGCGGUUGGUGAAUAGGAUGCCUAUCAACCCGAAGCUAGCUGUAUUCGAGAGCACACAGGAGAGGUUCGAGGUACUUCUUCGACCCGAGUUGCGAUCAUCUUAUCCAGUGGGUGGUGGCCCUGGAUCGUCUUUUCAACAGCUACCCAACCGAAAUGUUCCUCAACAGAGUUAUGUUCCUGAUGAUCCUGGCGCUGAUUUUAUUGUGGUUGACCAUGCUCCGGGGUGCAAUAAAUCUGUUCGCCGUAUGAAGAAUGCUGCUGAUGAUCGCACCGGGGUUGUAGAUCGCCGUAGGAAGAAGUUUCGGUCCUCUCACCGCUAUUCAAAGGAAAAGAAUAGUGCAGCUGAUAAUUCUAGGCGAUUAACCGAUUAUUUCCUUGCCCAGGAUGGCACAGAGGCUCCACCAAGACCCAGGAACUUCAAUGUUGGUUUGGAUGACAUGACUAACGUCCCUAAGAUUCGUAUUCCACGUUUGCGUGAUCUCUUAUCCCGUCCAUUGGGUUGUCUCACUGGUCACCCCUUGCAAGCAUUUAAUGAAUUGUUCGACCAGUUUGACCAAACCUUAUCUGAGAACACUUGUGCCAUCCAAGCUUCUCUAUGCAACAUUGCUAGAGCUCCUUAUCGUCUAGCUGAAAAGUGUGGACCGGUAAUAGAGGAGCUUAUUGCUGCCCAGAGGUCGGCUUCUGACCCUAACAAUAUUGGGGAGACUUCACGGAGGAACAACUCAGGCACCGAAGAUGACUUUGUCGAUCCUCACAACGGUGGCACACAUCGAUCCCCACAAUCCAUUCUGAUUAUGUACUUUUUUUAA